GGGUCGGCGGAGAGACCUGAACGGGGAGCCGAAAUGACGGUAGACAUCAGCCGGCCUUCGCGAUAGAAGAUCUGUGAAGUACUAAUUAUUUGCAACCAUGGUGCAGAAAUACCAGUCUCCCGUGAGGGUGUAUAAGCACCCCUUUGAGUUAAUUAUGGCUGCUUACGAAAGAAGGUUUCCGACAUGCCCCCUCAUUCCCAUGUUUGUAGCCAGUGAUACUAUGAAUGAGAUCAAGAGUGAUGAUGGAGCUAUACACGUGAUUGAAAGACGUUGUAAACUGGACAUAGAUGCACCACGACUGCUGAAAAAGAUUGCCGGGGUAGAUUAUGUUUACUUUAUCCAGAAGAACUCCUUGAACAGAAGAGAACGCACUUUACACAUAGAGGCCUACAAUGAAACCUUCUCAAACAGAGUUGUGAUUAACGAACACUGCUGUUACACAGUGCAUCCAGACAAUGAAGACUGGACCUGUUUUGAGCAAUCUGCAAGCCUGGACAUCAAAUCUUUCUUUGGCUUUGAAAGCACAGUGGAAAAGAUUGCCAUGAAGCAAUAUACCAGCAAUAUUAAAAAGGGCAAAGAAAUAAUAGAGUAUUACCUGAAGCAGCUAAAUGAAGAAGGAAUAACGUUAAUUCCUCGUUGGACCCCACCUGUCAAAUUUAUAUCUGAGCACAGCCUGUCUCAUAUAGGAAGGUCAUUGUCUUCUCCAGUCGGCAUACCUGAUGCUAAGGAGGGACUAAUCGCUAAGGAUAUCGGGGCUUGCAACAGUGCAUCGGAUCUGACUGCAGGAACACCUGAUGACAAGCUAGACGCUGAUUACAUCAAGAGGUAUCUGGGCGAUCUGACACCGCUUCAGGAAAGCUGCCUCAUCAGGCUUCGGCAGUGGCUCCAGGAAACGCACAAGGGCAAAAUUCCCAAGGACGAACACAUUUUAAGAUUCUUGCGUGCUAGAGAUUUCAACAUUGACAAAGCCAGAGAAAUUCUGUGUCAGUCUUUAACAUGGCGGAAACAGCACCAGGUGGAUUAUAUUCUAGAUACUUGGAACCCUCCUCAAGUACUGGAAGAUUAUUAUGCAGGAGGUUGGCACCACCACGACAAAGAUGGGCGUCCGCUGUAUGUGCUAAGACUUGGCCAGAUGGAUACCAAAGGCUUGGUGCGAGCUCUUGGAGAGGAAGCCUUGCUUCGUUACGUCCUGUCUAUAAAUGAAGAAGGGUUGAGGAGGUGUGAAGAAAACACAAAAGUAUUUGGAAGGCCCAUAAGCUCUUGGACCUGUUUAGUAGACCUGGAGGGCUUGAAUAUGCGGCACCUAUGGAGACCUGGUGUUAAGGCUUUGCUAAGGAUCAUUGAGGUGGUUGAAGCUAACUAUCCAGAAACUUUGGGACGGCUUCUCAUUCUGCGAGCUCCCAGGGUGUUUCCAGUUCUUUGGACAUUGGUUAGUCCAUUCAUUGAUGACAACACUCGAAAAAAAUUCCUCAUUUAUGCGGGUAAUGACUAUCAAGGUCCUGGCGGUCUGUUGGAUUAUAUCGACAAAGAAAUCAUUCCAGAUUUCCUUGGUGGAGAAUGCAUGUGUGAAGUUCCAGAGGGUGGGCUGGUUCCCAAAUCUCUGUACCGAACGGCAGAAGAACUAGAAAAUGAAGACCUAAAGCUGUGGACAGAAACCAUUUAUCAGUCCGCAAGUGUCUUCAAAGGAGCUCCCCACGAGAUUUUCAUUCAGAUUGUGGAAGCUUCCUCUGUGAUCACCUGGGAUUUUGAUGUUUGUAAAGGUGACAUCGUCUUUAACAUCUAUCACUCCAAGAGAGCACCACAGCCUCCUAAAAAGGACUCCAUGGGGGCCCACAGCAUUACCUCUCCUGGUGGCAACAACGUUCAGCUGAUAGAAAAAGCCUGGCAGCUGGGGCGGGACUACAGUAUGGUGGAGUCUCCGCUCAUCUGCAAGGAGGGGGAGAGCGUCCAGGGGUCUCAUGUGACGAGGUGGCCCGGCUUCUACGUUCUCCAGUGGAAGUUCCACAGCAUGCCUGCCUGUGCCACGACCAGCUUGCCACGCGUGGACGACGUUCUGGCAUCUCUGCAAGUCUCAUCUCACAAGUGCAAAGUUAUGUACUACACAGAAGUGAUCGGGUCAGAAGAUUUCAGAGGGUCCAUGAGCAGCCUGGAAUCGAGCCACAGUGGAUUUUCUCAGCUCAGUGCUGCUACAACCUCUUCCAGCCAGUCUCACUCCAGCUCCAUGAUUUCCAGAUGGCGAUUUUGCUGACAGCUGUAAAGAAACCGCUUCAUUCAACAGUCCACAUCUGCCCAGAGAAUGUCUGGCUUUGUAGAACUUUUUUUUUCCUU